AUGGCUGCGCAGUCGUGGUCGUCACGUGGCGGGUUGAUUGUGCUCUUGAGCUGGUUCUUGGUGGCCAUUAUCAAGGUUGAGGCGGAAAGGGGAGCGUCAAGCUCAAAGGGCGACAUGUAUAGCCGCGUGGUGCCGCGUUUGCACGCUGGCGUGCGGGCUGAGGAGAUGCUGCGGGCGACCACGGCCAUUGCCGAGCCGCGCUCUGGCAAGCACCUCAGCUCGCUCCUGGUGCUGCACGGCCUGGGAGACUCGGCUGAUGGUUUCGGGGAUGUCGUGUCCAUUCUUGGUAGCAUGUUUCCCGAUACCAAGUUUGUGGUGCCCAGUGCGCCCGCGCAGCCCGUGACCGUCAAUGGGGGCAUGGUCAUGCCUUCAUGGUACGACAUCAGCAGCUUUGAUGACCGUACCACACAAGAGUGCGCCGGUCUGCUUCAGUCCAUCGAGUCGGUGCGCCACUUGGUCGAGGAGGAGUGUGCCAGCGUCGGCGACGACAAGGUGGCCAUCAUGGGCUUCUCUCAGGGUGGUGUCGGAAGCAGCCAAGGAGGUGCCCGUGCGGUUUCACCACGGUACUAUGGAUGCCGUCGUUGAUGUGCCCUGGGCCGAAGCCGCAAAGAAGGCCAUUGAAGAGCAAGGCGUGACCAACACCGAUUUCACGCCGUAUCCUGGCAUGGGCCACAGCCUAUCGCAGGACGAGCUGCAGAACAUUGUCCACUUUCUCCGCGAGCGCUUGUAGGCCUGUCAGCUCUGGAUACCUUGCGAGUGGGUCAGACCUUUGCUUUCUUUUCUUAAUUGGAGUUGUGCAUAAC